AUGGAGUUUGUGCGUUUGCACUUUCCCAUGUCUCUGUCCAUCGCUAGCUGCUGCUUGGUUCAGAGCCCGCCUGCCUCUAGCCUCUCUCAUUGUUCUCCGUGGGAACACGCUGAGGCCACCUGCGCCUUCACCACCACACUGCCUGCCAUGAAUGGUGAUCAGCCAUCCCUAGUGGUGCAGAACUACUCUCUUGACUGCCAGGCUGCUGUCAACAAACAAAUCAACAUGGAGCUCACCGCCUCCUACACGUACCUGUCCAUGGCCUUCUACUUCAACCGAAAUGAUGUGGCCUUGAAGCACUUUGGCCAGUUCUUCCUGCGCCAGUCCCGUGGGAAGGGCGAGCGCGCUGAGAAGCUGAUGCACCUGCAAAACGAGCGCGACGGCCGCCUGAGCCUCCGGGACAUAAGGAAUCCUGGCCGCGACGACUGGGGGAACGGCGUGACGGCCAUGGAGUACGCCUUGGGCCUGGAAAAGAGGGUCAACCAGAGCCUGCUAGAUCUGCACCGCCUGGCCACCGACAAGGGCGACGCGCACCUGUGUGAUUUCCUGGAGCGUCACUAUCUGCACCAGCAAGUCAGGUCCAUCAAAGAGCUGGGGGACCAUAUCAGCAUCCUGCGCAAGACGGGAGCCCCGGAGGCCGGCCUGGCUGAGUACCUCUUUGACAAGCUCACCCUGGGCAACAGCGACAAGAACUGA